UGCAGUUGUUCACCAAUACCAAGAAGGCAGCGCAGUAUGACCAGGUGAAGACAGACUAUGAGUUGCUGCGAGAAGCCCUGUACACUGUGACUUGGGAGAGAGAUUGUGCCCUGCGGGAGAGGACCCAGCUCCAAGGCAAACUGGAGAACCUAGAGCAGGUGCUGAAGCAUAUGCGAGAGGCUGCAGAGCGGCGGCAGCAGCUAGAGUUGGAGCAUGAACAAGCCCUGGCCGUGCUCAAUGCCAAGCAGCAGGAGAUCGACCUACUGCAGAAGGCUCAGGUUGAGGCUCAGAAGGAACAUGAAGGCGCUGUCCAUCUGUUAGAGAACCACUUGGACAGCAUGCAGGCCAAAGUGCGAGACUUGGAGGAGAAAUGUCGGAACCAGAGUGAGCAGUUCAACCUCCUGUCCAAAGAGCUGGAGAAGUUCCGAUUGACGGCUGGAAAGUUUGACAUCCUUGGCAGUACCGAACGGCUGAGUGUGGGCGAACCGCCGGGGUCGCCCAGCAAGACCCUCACCCAGCUCCUCAAUGGGCUAGCUGCUCCGGGGGGCAAAGGCACCGAUGCGCCGAUGAGUAGGUCGGUGAUAUCUGAGUUCAUCCGUCCGCUGCAGAUGAGCGCGGAGAAGGCCGAGCUGCUGUCGAUCAAGCCCACCUUCCUGAGCCGCAGCCAACCCAGCAGCCCGCGACGAGCCUUCCUCUCCGAGAUGGAAAAAGAGCUGGGAUCCUCUCCACGCGCCAAGCCCAGGUUCACAGGGAAGGUGCGACUGUGCGUCGCUCGCUACAGUUAUAAUCCCUAUGAUGGACCCAAUGAGCACCCUGAGGCAGAGCUCCCUCUUGUGGCUGGGAAGUAUCUGUACGUUUACGGGACCAUGGAUGAAGAUGGCUUCUAUGAAGGAGAGCUGUUGGACGGCCAGCAGGGCCUUGUGCCCUCCAACUUCGUGGACUUUGUGCAGGACGACGACACCAUGGGCAGCACCGAGCGCAGCGUCAGCAUCAAGGAGCCCGCCGCCUCCUACCUCAACAGCGCCGCGUUGCCUCCCUCCGCCGCCACCGCCUCUGGCUCUCAGCCCACUCUGAGCACCCUCAGCACGCUCAGUACCCUGAGCAGCCUCAGCACCCUGGGCAGCCUGGGCAUGGACUUUGGCACGCUGGGCUCGGCCUGCAGCAACGGCAUGGGCACGCUGGACGUGAGCAUCGACGAGGUCGGCGAAGACAUCGUGCCUUACCCCCGCCGCAUCAACCUGAUCAAGCAGCUGGCCAAGAGCGUGAUCGUGAGCUGGGAGCCGCCGGUGCUGCCGCCGGGCUGGGGCCAGGUGAGCGGCUACCAGGUGCUGGUGGACCGCGAGGUGCGCAUGAGCGUGCCGUACGGCGGCCGCACCAAGGCGCUGAUCGAGAAGUUGAACCUGGCGCUCUGCCAGCACCGCAUCUCCAUCCAGAGCGUGACGGAGCGCGGGCUCUCGGACGAGCUGCGCUGCACGCUGCUGGUGGGCAAGGACGUGGUGGUGGCGCCCUACUACCUGCGCGUGGACAACAUCACCAUGUCCACCGCCGACCUCUCCUGGAUGCCCAGCAACAGCAACUACAGCCACACCAUCUUCCUCAACGACGCGGAGUACGACGUGGUUAAGCCCGGCGGCUACCGCUACACCUUCUACAACCUGAAGCCCAUGACGGUGUACAAGGUGCGCACCGUGGCGCGGCCACACCAGAUGCCCUGGCAACUGCCCAUGGACCAGCGGGACAAGAAGGAGAUCACCUUGGAGUUCUGCACGCAGUCAACUGGCCCCCCCAUGCCCCCUCAGGAAGUGCAGGUGCAGUGUGGACUGUCUCCGGGGGUGCUGAAUGUGCGCUGGAAGCCCCCUCCCCUCACGUCCAGUGGCACCUCCAACGGGGCCACCGUCAUCGGCUAUGCAGUCUGUACAAAAGGGCAAAAGAUAGCAGAGGUGAUGUACCCCACGGCCGACUAUGUCAGCGUGGACCUGAACCGUAUCCAGUGUCUGGAGGCGCGCGAGGUCAUCGUGCGGACACUAUCGUCGCAGGGCGAUUCGUCUGACUCUCACGUGGCAGCCAUCCCCCACACCCUCCUGCGCUCCUCCCCCCACCUCGGCCAAAUGUCCCCCCACCCCCAUCAGCCUCCUCCGCCACCGCCUCCCAGCCACGUCCACCCGCUCCACACCCCGUACCCGCCGCAGAACUACCCCUCCGCACACCCCCAGCCCCACGUCCAGCCACCACCUCCACCACCACCGCCGCCGCCCCCGGGUCCACAUCCGCCCCCUCCCCAGCAACCGCCACCUCAGCAUCCCAUACCUCCGCCCCACGGGCCACACCCCCAUCCCCACCCACAGCCCCACAUCCCACAGCCGCAGCCGCAGAUCCCCCAGCACGCGCUGCCCAAGCCCAAGCUCCUGCCAAGUGCCAGAGACAUGCAUACCAAAGACCAAAGGCUGGGCCAGGUGGGGUGGGCUGACCCGGCGGCGGCGGCACCCCCGCCGCAGAUCCCGCGGGCCCCCUCGCCUCUGCCGCCGCACCUCCCCCCGCCACACUUCUCAGGCCGCCGUUCGCCCUCCCCCCAGAGGAUCCUGCCCCAGCCUCAGGGAACGCCCAUCACCAACACAGCGGCCAAAGCCAUGGCACGCGAGGCGGCACAGCGGGUGGCGGAGAGCACCCGGAUGGAGAGGAGAAACAUCUUCGGCCACCACCUGAACUCAGAUGAGGAAGAGGACGGCUACGAGUCCCCGCACGCCGCCAGACGGAGAGGAGCCUCAGUUGACGACUUCCUUCGUGGAUCUGAGCUGGGGAGACAUCACCACUACGGCCACAGUGAGGAGUACUACACGGAGAGCAGCCGCGGCUCUGACCUGUCGGACAUCAUGGAGGAGGACGAGGAGGAGCUGUACUCCGAGAUGCAGCUGGAGGAGGGGCGCCGACGCAGCAUCAACUCGCACAACACGCUCAAGGCCUACUACCGGCGGCACGACCUGCCAGAGGAGCGCGACAACUGGGACCUGCAGCGCGAGGUGGUGCGGCAGCGCUCCCUGCGCAGCAAGCGGCUCCACAGCAUUCCCGAGGUGGCCGAGGACGAGAACGACGGGGGUGGCGGCGGAGGUGGCGGAGGUGGCGGUGGUGGCGGCCGUCCUCUGACUCCCCACCGGGGCCCCCGCGUCUACCACCAGGACUACCAGCAGCACAACCGCCUCUCCCCCAGCAAGUGCAUUCGCCGGCUGCAGCGCCAGCGCUCCUCGCCCCGCUACUCCUCCUUCGAGGACCGGGUGUCUGCUGGCGUGGGCUGGGUGAUGGGCAUGAGGCAGAGCACCAAGAGCCCAGACAGCGGUUUGGACUGCGGCAGCGAGGAGGAGGGCCCAGGUGGGAUGGGGUACCGCGGUGGCUACUCGUAUGGCGCCGGGAGCCCCAUGCGCGUGGGCAUGGGCCCCAACAUGCGACUCAUCCACUGCGAGGGCCCCGUGGAGCGGCGAGCGCUGGCUGCGGCCGGCAGGAAGAGGACACUGACGCGGCAGAGUAGCGUAGAUGACGAGUUUCUGGAUGCCAUGGACAGGCGGGCGGCCGCAGAGCAGUACCUGGGAGGAGGCUACUACCACCCUGCGCAUCAUCAUCCUCAUCAGCAUCCUGCUCACCACCAACACUACCCGCGCCCACACCACCACUACUUCCACCCGCAUCCUCAGCGACGCUUCCAGAGCGAGGUGCGGCUGACGGACCUGGGCAGGAGCUACUACAGGGAAAAUAGGGCCCACUCUGUGGCCAGGCUCAACAACAGGGGGAUGGACGAGCCUCUGAUUUUAGGAAGCUCCCAAUCCAUGGCACGUCUGGACCACACAGGGAGGAGGGUCCAUGGCUUUGGCCCCUCACCUCGACGGCCCAUGAUGGUUCCUUCCAUCGAGAUCACCAUGGAGAAUAACAGUGAGGGGAACCUCUCAUCUGUCAAGGAAGAUGUUUACUAUGGCAGUGUAGCACGGCGCAGGAAAUGGCCCCCGCGGCGGUCAGACCACCAAUAUGAUGGUUACGGUGGACGCAGCCGCCGCUCGCCAGACUACUAUGAGUCUGAGCUGGAGGACUACACGCGGAUAUUUGUGGCUCUGUUUGAUUACGACCCGCUCUCCAUGUCCCCCAACCCUGACGCGGGAGUUGAGGAGCUGCCUUUCAAGGAAGGGCAGAUCAUCAAGGUGUAUGGUGACAAAGACACAGACGGGUUCUACCGUGCCGAGGUGGGUGGGCGGCAGGGCCUGAUCCCCUGCAACAUGGUGUCUGAGAUCCAGACGGAUGACGACGAGAUGAUGGACCAGCUGCUCCAACAGGGUUUCCUGCCUCUCAACACGCCAGUAGAGAAGAUAGUCAACUGCAAUCGCUUCAGAGAUGGCCGCUCUAUAAACCGCAGGUCCCGAAAGUCCAAAAGAGAGAGGAACCGGCGCAGUGGCAGGCAGCACCCCGUGUCCACGCGCAGGAUGGUGGCGCUAUACGACUACGACCCACGAGAGAGCUCUCCCAACGUGGAUGUGGAGGGCCACCACUAUGGGGGCGCCAGGCUGAGUGAGGAGGCUGAGCUCACCUUCUGUGCUGGUGAUGUAAUCACUGUGUUUGGGGAAAUCGACGAGGACGGCUUUUACUAUGGUGAACUGAACGGACACAAAGGCCUGGUCCCCUCCAAUUUUCUGGAAGAAGUGCCUGAGGAUGUAGAGGUCUAUCUGACAGACACUCCAUCUCGCUACCCCCAGGAACACCCAUCAAGGACAAAGACCAAAAGGGUCCCGCUGGACAAAUCGGGGCCAUCAGGAAGAGCAGCCACCCCGCCGGUGCGCCCUCGCAUCCCGGGCUCCCAGCCCUCGGGGCCCCUGGGGGCGGCCUCACACACCAACACAAAGACUAAGGGCCUGCUCUCCAAAGGGAAGAAACUCUUGAGAAAGCUUGGAGCUGUUAAGUAA